GAAACCGCUUCAUCUAGAGAUAAAAAUUAAAACAUAGUAGCAUUUAUCAAUUGAAGACUUAUGUACUAUUAAGCAUGGAAAACCUCAAUCAAACUCAUGAAAAUGAUUCGGAGAGUAAAGAAUCGUCACCUGAUUCUAAUGAGUUUAUUCAAUCUAGCAAAGAUGUUGAAGAUAGUGAAGACAAAAUCGCAAAUAAAAAAUCAUUAUCGUGUUCCGAAUGUCGACGUGCCAAACGGAAAUGUGAUAAAAAGAAGCCAAAGUGUAACCUAUGCUUGAAAAAAGGGAAGAAAUGUUCUUGGUCUGUCAUUGAUAAAAGAAAGCCCGCCAGUCAAAACUAUACCAAUUCGCUUUUGAGUAGGAUAAAUGCUUUAGAAUCGGCUUUGAAUUAUUACAGCUCUCAGAGAGCGUCAAUGAAGUAUAAAUAUGUUGAUGGUAACUACCAUCUGAGCUUGAAGGACUAUAAUUUCCGUGAAAAAUCCCUGAUUGUGAAAACUCAUUUACCAACACCAAAAGUAGCAACAGAGAGUAUGGUUGAUGUAUACGAUUCCAAAAAACUAUUGAAUCACUUGAAUAGUACUUUCAAAAGUGCCUGGUGUUUGAAUCUAGAUAAGAAUGGUUCCAUCUCUUUUAUGGGUCCCACUAGUUGCAGAUAUAUAAGAAUGGAAGAUACAAAACUGUUACAGGCACCUAAAAGGAUUUAUUCUUUGGAGUCCUUUGAUCAAUUCCACCGAGACGUUUUCAGUUUCUUCUUUAAAAUAAUGAAUAAAUCAUUACCACUUAUAGAUGAAGAAUUGUUCUUGGGUUCUGUUUAUGCUGCAAUAGAAGGUGAUAAAAUGGGUAAAUAUGCUUCAAGAUCUUUAGUAAAUUCAAUGAUGGCUCUUUAUUUCUUGUUGAAUAAAUCAGUAUCAGAAUACAAACGCUAUAAAGAUCUUUCUGCAAACCAAUUAAAAGAAAGCACCGAGUCUUCUUCUAAUAUUCCAACUCUUCAAACUUUGGUCGUAUUAUCCAUGUUAUGUAUGAUUGAAGGGGAUGAAUCCCAAUCUUCGGAAAUGAUUGCAAGAGCGGUUUCAUUAUCCUAUCAUUUAGGCCUUUAUAUAGAUAACACUCCCUUAGUUUUAGAAAAUAAAAUCACUAAAGAUGAAGGAAGUUUAAGGGAUUCAGUAUUCUGGAGUAUAUUUGUUGUGGAUAAAUUGAGAUCUUCAGUUUUGGGCAUGCAACCAUAUAUGAAUUGUACGGCCAUUUCUACCAAGCUCAUGUUUUGCAAUAUACUCGAUUAUAAAAAACCUUUUAUAGAUACUUUUAGAGAAACAGUUGUUUUCAGUGACUUACAGGCAAAGAUGGUUGAUAAAUGCUUCUCGUUCGAAUUGUACGCAGCUGAAUGUCCCCCUGAUAAGGAAGAAGAAAAUUUAGUAGAACAAAAAGUCAUUAUUUCAGAAGCAACGGCUGCCUUAUCACUUUGGAAAAAAAAUAUGACGUCGAUGUCUAGGUAUUCAAAUAAUAAAUCCAUAGCUGCUUUACUUCUUGAAAUCCUGCAACUCACAUACAAUAUGGUCAUAAAUAAACCCUUAAUUCAUGGAUGCUUAAAACUCGACAUUAUUGAUCAAUUUCCUAAUUCACCGAUUAACGUUUGUUCCUCUGCUGCUGAAAAAAUAAUCAAAUUAUGUCAAACCCAAGAUCUAUCCCAAAGCUUUUUCUUGUAUCUUUUCUUAUAUUCCCUUUAUUUUUCUUCCAUCAUUUGUUUAUACAAUUUGGGAGCUUCGGAAUUAGAAAUAAGAAACAAAUUUCGUAACCUACUACAGGAUGCUUUGAAAAUGUAUGAAGAGUAUCGUUCAGUUGCACCUGUCUCAACUAUUUACCUUAAUAAUCUUGAAAAAUUCAAGAAAGAAUGGUACGGUUAA